AUUUAGUUUUCCAUUUCUUGAAGGAAUGGAGUGAUAUAUUAAAUUAAUUAAUAAUUACUUUUAUUUAUAUGAUCUUCAAUAACAAUUAUAUUUUUAAAUUUUUUUUCAAAACUUCAAUUUAGUUAUUUUUGUUUUUAUUAUCAUUCUAUUUUAAGAUUUCAUGGUAUUUAAUUUAGUUUUUUAUUUUUGUAAAUAAUUUUUUAAAGUGAUAAUAAAUAAAGUGACCAUUCGAUGCAUAUAAUAUAUAUUUCAAACGACAUGAAAUAUGUUUAUAUGCGAUUUAUUCAGUGGUAUAAAAAAAUCUAACAUUUUCCUUUAUUUAUCAUUUUACUUCCAUGUAGUUUUUUAAUUACAUAUAACAAACAACAUGACUUAUUCAAUUCUUUAUAGCCAACCAAACAUGAUAAUGGAGUGUAAUAUUCCUUUCUUUUGUGAUUCCAUUCCAUUAUACCAAACAAACCCUUACUUCUAAAUCAGUGUUGUUAUUCUGAAAAGGUGCUUACAUCUAUGGCCGACACCAAGGGGCAAAUUUCAGCAAUAGUGAUGGAACAGCUUACAGCUGUCGUAGCAGCUGAACCCUAUCACUCAGUUUCUUGCGCCUUUGUGUCAUAUGAAAUUUGUGAUGUAGACUUAGCAGAAGGUUGGAAAUACAGAAGUAGAUUAUGGUAUGCAGUCGCUCUUCCUUCAAAAGCUUUCGACUUUGGUGGUGGUGAAUGUGGGUGGGACGCCUGGAAUUCUUCUUUGGAAAAAGAUUCAAAUGGUAACUAGAUUGAACUCCCAUUAAUAAAUAAGUGUGUUUCCAUGCUACAAGCUUUGUUGUUAGAUGAGUCUGGACUUGGUGGUGGUCUGGGUAUUGGAGGAGGUUAUGGUACAGGGAUGGGAGGCAUGGUGGCUCUUUAUCAGUUGUUGGAUGAGUCUGGACAUGGUGGUGGACUUGUGUAUGCUUCGGAUGAUACUUGUUUCCAUGAGGGAAGAAGAUGAUGGUGAAAGUAAUAUGCUUAGAAGGAAUCUUAGUGUUGAUGAAGGGUCGUUUGAAGAUAAAAUUGCUCCAUCAUCAUUAGAAAGUAGUCCACGAACAUCAAUGAGGCAGCCCCCCUCUGUAUUAUUGUGGAGUUAUUUAUGGGCAUCUAAAGUCCGGAUCUCAAGCUUCUAACGACAUGACACGUGGCAUGCAUCAGUUGCUUGAGGGAGGGGGUAGCAUGUUUGAAGAUAAAGUUUCACUUCUACGUUAUGCUUUGCAAAGGGCUUUUCAGGCUGCGCCUAACAGGCUUAUGACUAACAAUGCCUACCUGGCUUUAUUGGGCGCCUCAUUAAAUGCAUCCACAACAGAUGAGGGACUAAACUUUUAUGACUCACAACAUCGCUUUGAGCACUCACAACUUCUUUUGGUUCUUUUGAGUUCACUUCCACAUGCACCAAAGACUUUUCAGUGUCGCGCAUUACAGUAUCUUCUGAUUUUGGCUUGCAGUCAUGCUGAAAAUAGAAACAUGCUCACUAAGAUGGAUGAAUGGCCUGAAUGGAUCUUGGAAAUUCUUAUUUCCACUUACGAGACGUCUGGGAAGAAUGCUUCAAUGUCUUGAGAUUUCCGUGAGGAUGACGAAAGAGUUAUUCUUGAGAUUUCCGCAUCUAUGGUCCGGCCAUAAAAGGUAUGGCAAGGAAAAUUUCAGAAUGGUCAUACCAUUGAGAAAUUGCGUGAACAAAUGAUGGAACUAAUGAAGAAGAUCAUACAUAGCUAUUCAGCUGCUAAAACUUUCCCAUAUAUUUUGGAAGGUCUGCAUUCUAGAAACAACAAGACAAAAAUUGAGUGUACUAAUCUUGUUGGAUUUUUUUCUUGGUAAUCAUUAUACUGAGGUAUAUAACCACAUAUGAUAGUCUUUUCAAUUAAUAUGUCACACUCACACCUUAUAGGCUUAUAGCUGAAGGCUGCUCAUGCUUUCCAUGAUUAUGGUGCAGAUAAGUGGACAGAUAAAAAAACAUGCAAAUUAUUGCAAAUCUAACAGCAAAACGGGAUGGUGAACUUAGAAAGGUUGCACUAAAUUGUUUUGCCUCUGGUUAUAAGAUUCUCAGUAUGCUUAAGUUUUCUUAAGGAACAUAUUUAUGUAGAAAGGAAUAAUAGUUCUUUUUUUUUUGUUGGAAAUGUCAAUUCUGAUUACAAUUUUGAUUUAAGGUGUUCUUUAAUAGCAAUGUAUUAUUAGGUUAUAUAAUUAGGGAAAACCUCUUAAUAACAAUGUAUAAUCGGAUUCCCUUAAUACCAAUGUAUUACAAUUUUUUGACAUUAUGUUAUGGAUGAAAUUGAUUGUUUUGGUA